UUGGCAGUUAUGGUGUUAUAUCUGUACUAGAGGUGACAGAUUGACAGCCUCUAACUAGCUGUGGUGUUUUGAGUGAAGGCAAUAAAUUUGUUAGAUUUAGGCAAUUGAUUCUUUUUCCUGUUUUCUACUGAUCAAUGCAGAGAGGUUUUGGCUGACUUGAAAGCAGCUGGGGCUACUUGGGUGCAGUUUGAUGAGCCAACGCUUGUGCUGGAUUUGGACUUUCAUCAACUGAAAGCAUUUACAGAUGCUUAUUUACAUAUGGAAGAGUCCUUAUCUGGUCUAAAGGUUAUUGUUGAGACCUACUUUGAUGAUGUGCUGGCCGGAGCAUAUAAGACUAUCACGUCAUUGAAGGGCAUCUCGGCUAUUGGGUUUGAUCUGGUUCGUGGAGAGAAGACCCUUGAAUUGAUCGAGAGUUUGGGUUUUCCUUCCAACAAGUAUCUGUUUGCUGGAGUUGUUGACAGUCGUAACAUUUGGGCUAAUGAUCUCACAACAUCCCUUAAGACGUUGAAAGCUCUUGAGAGCAAGGUUGGCAAAGGUCUCUAGGCCAAGCUUCCCCAUCUGUGAAUGCAUUUGCAACAGGGUGAGCAAUAGCAUACAAGAUGUUUGAGACCAUCAAACGGAAACCAGAGAUCAACUCAUACGACACAAGUGGAAUUGUGUUGGAAGAUAUCAACAGUGAUAUAGAAUUGAGAGAUGUUUGCUUUAGCUACCCUGUAAGACCUGAGAUUCAUGUACU